UUAACUACAGAGCCUGAAGUCUUCAUUCUCAGAGAUGAACUCAUCAUCAAAUUUUAUCAUUAGCUCAUCAAAUGAUGACGUCAUCAAUCAUCAUCAUCAACAGCAAAAGCAGCAGAUUCCUAUGAACUUUGCUGAUGUUAAUAAUCUACAAAGCUUCUUCAACGUAGCUCCUUCUGCAAUAAUUUCUGGUACUAGCAGUGAAAAUAUUAAGAACUAUGGAGGGAGAAAAAGAAAAAGAAAAAAUGAUAUGGAGAAACCUAGUGAAGUAAUUCAUGUUAGAGCAAAGAGAGGCCAAGCUACAGAUAGUCACAGUUUGGCUGAAAGACCUGUACGUAAGAAGAGAGAAAAUCAAUGAGAAGCUUAGGUUCUUACAGGACCUUGUUCCGGGAUGCUAUAAGACAAUGGGAAUGGCUGUAAUGUUGGAUGUGAUAAUCAAUUAUGUUCAGUCUCUUCAGAAUCAAAUUGAAUUUCUGUCUAUGAAGCUUUCAGCAGCUAGUAUGAACCAUGACUUCAACAUAGAGAGGGACAAUAUUGAAACAAUGCAGGGAACAAAUGCAUAUGAAGUCCAAGAGAUGGAGAGGAUGAAUAGAGAAGGGUAUGAAGGACCUUUUACUUAUUUCCACACAACUUUGCCUUUUUAAUCUUGAUUACUAAAAUCCUUAAAUAUAAUUUUAUUCACGUCCUAAUUUUAAAUUACUUAAUUAUAACUUAUAAGCAUACAUGCAUAUAAACAACAAUUAUAUACCUUAUCUACUGCACUACUUGAAAGAGUUCAAUAAACAUAAACUAUGUUUAUUGAUGUAAUCUUGUACUCCUACUUGUUUUAU